AUUAAAACCGGCGAAAAAGUCGCCGUCUGCGGUCCGUCGGGCAGUGGUAAAACAUCUGUGAUAAUGACCCUCCUGCAGAUGACAAAAGUGAAAAGCGGGAGUGUCUCUAUCGAUAAACGGGACCUGGCAUCCAUACAACCAUCUGAUAUCCGCCUGCGACUCAAUGUUACUCCCCAGGACCCGUACCUCAUGCCUGGCACCAUCCGGCUCAACAUAGACCCCCAUACAGUCGCCUCUGAUGAUGAGAUACUCCGCGCAGUCAAGAAAGUGGGCCUGUGGAGACAGAUUCAGACGAACGGUGGCCUUGACGGAGAUCUCAAAGAUUCGAAAUGGUCCAUGGGAGAAAGGCAACUGCUAGCCUUGGCGAGAGCGUUAACGCCACGAAGUCCCAUCUUGAUCCUCGAUGAAGCUACAAGCAAUGUCGACCGUGAAACAGAGUCGAUCACGCAGAAAGUGAUAGAGACAGAAUUCGCCAAUAAGACGAUUAUCGCGGUCACACAUCGACUCCGCUAUAUCACUAAGUCUGACCGAGUGGCUCUGAUAAAGAAUGGAGAGCUCGUCGAAUUUGAUAGUCCAUCCGCAUUACUUGCGCGGGAAUCUGAAUUCGCGGGCUUUUUUACUGCUUUCAGAGGGUCAUUUUGA